AUGUCUUUUGGUCGGUCCAUUAGAGCACAGUCAUUGAAUCAACAAUUUCCAUUAGCAGAGAGAAUAACUGUUGAAGAGCCUGCAGCAGCAGCAGUAAACAAAAGUGCUCAAAGCACUGUCACCUGCGUCUACCAGGCGAACAUUGCCGCGUAUUGGCGGAGAGUGACGGUGUCGUGGUGCAAGAACCUCAUGAACCAUUCCUUCAGCAUUAAGGUGGAUAGUCUAGAAAGCGACUUUCAUUACUCCUGCAAGAUUGAUCUCAAGCCUUGGCAUUUCUGGAGCAAAAAAGGGUACAAGUCGUUUGAGGUUGAAGGGAAUCAAGUGGAUGUGUACUGGGAUCUCCGUUCGGCUAAAUUUGCCGGUGGCCCCGAGCCGUGUGCAGAUUAUUAUGUGGCUCUAGUAUCGGACGAAGAGGUGGUGUUGUUGUUGGGAGACUAUAAGAAGAAGGCAUACAAGAGAACAAAAUCCAGGCCGGCCCUUGUGGACGCCUUUCUAGUGUACAAGAAGGAAAAUGUAUUCGCCAAGAGAAGUUUCUCCACCCGGGCUAAAUUUGACGAGAGAAAAGAACACGACAUUGUGGUCGAGAGCUCGACAUCUGGGCCUAGAGAUCCUGAAAUGUGGAUUAGCAUAGAUGGGAUUGUGUUGAUUCAUGUAAGGAAUUUGCAGUGGAAGUUCAGAGGGAACCAGACAGUAUUGGUUAACAAGAACCCUUUGCAAGUGUUGUGGGAUGUGCAUGAUUGGCUGUUCAGCAGCCCUGGUAUGGGGCAUGGCUUGUUUAUAUUCAAGCCAGGCGCACCAGAUCAUCAAUGUGAUCAAAGUGACAUUAAUGAAGGCAGCAGCCAUAAUGGAGAUACUACUACUACUACCGUUGACAGCGAUGGCAGCACAAGUGGGUAUUACUCUACUCGGAGUAAUGCUCAUGUAACAUCACCUGAAUUCUGCCUUUUUCUUCAUGCUUGGAAGAUUGAUUGA